AUGCCAACUUGUAUGAGUUUCAAUGAAUCGUUGAUCGAGGAGACAAGAUUGUACUAUGCUAAGACAUUUUCAUUACGUCGCUCUAAGAAGGAAUCUGCUAUCAAACAUAGUGAAUUCUGUGCGCAGUUGGAAAAGUGCGCUUUAAAUGACAAAUUGGAAGGCAAUAGCAGCAGGAAGUAA